UCGCCCAUCCCAUCUCUCCUUCUCUUUCUUUCCUCCUCGCGCUGCGAAACCGCCGCGUAUUUGUUUCUCCGUCGUCCAUAGCUGAGACCUUGUCCAUGGAGGAAGGCCGGAGUGACCUCAAGGAGGCCAGCAAGGUCGAGUUGGCCUUCUCCUUGCAGAAGGCCCGCGAGAUCGAGGGCGGAAACGGCAAUGUCGUCGAUGGCCGGAAGAAGUUCUUGGGCCUCCUCAAGCUCUUCUUCGCAUGCAUGGUCUCCGGCGGCAUCCAGUACGGCUGGGCGCUGCAGCUGUCCCUCCUCUCGCCCUACUCCCAGACUCUUGGGAUUCCCCACCAGUAUGUUUCCCUCACUUGGAUCUGCGGACCUGUAGCUGGAUUUGUGGUACAACCCAUCGUCGGUUACUACAGCGACCGGUGCACUGCGAGGAUUGGCCGCAGGAGGCCCUUCAUCCUCGUCGGAUGCAUCAUCAUCUGCAUCUCGGUUAUGCUCAUCGGCUUCUCCGCUGACAUUGGGCGGCGGCUAGGCGACACAAAGGAGCACUGCAGCUCGACCACGGGCCCUCGCUGGGCCGCUGCUGCCGUGUACAUUGUCGGCUUCUGGUUCCUGGACUUCGCCAACAACACUGUGCAGGGGCCGGCUCGUGCUAUGAUGGCGGACCUAUCAGCCGGAAACUACGGCCCCAACGUGGGUCAGGCCAUCUUCUGCUUGUGGAUGGCUAUCGGCAACAUCCUCGGCUACACGGCCGGCGCCAACGGCAAAUGGCACCAUACGUUCCCUUGGCUGAAAACUGCGGCGUGCUGCGAAGCUUGCGCAAAUCUGAAGGGAGCCUUUCUCACUGCUGUGGUCCUCAUUAUCAUCAGCAUGGCGGUGACGUUGGUCAUCGCCGACGAGAAGCAGCUCGACAAGGACGCCGUGGAAGCCGCCUCCGGCCGCGGGUGCAUCUCCGCCUUCGGUGACCUCUUCCGGAGCCUCAGGAACCUGCCUCCCAACAUGUACAAAGUGCUGGCCGUCACAGCCGUCACCUGGCUCUCGUGGUUCCCUUUCAUCCAGUACGACACCGACUGGAUGGGCCGGGAGAUUUACCACGGUGUCCCACAAGGGCCCAAGGCGGCCCAGUACGACGCCGGCGUGCGCGAGGGCGCCAUCGGCCUGCUCCUCUGCUCCGUCGCCCUCGGUGUCACCUCGUUCCUCAUCCCCAAGCUCUGCCGCACGCUCACGUCCAAGGUCGUCUGGUCCAUCAGCAACUUCCUCGUCUUCGUCGUCAUGACGUUGAUGGUGGUCCUCAGCCUGAUCUCCACCAAGGGGUACAACGCGUCCCUCACCGCUAACCUUACCGGGCCGGACCCAAAGAUCAGGGCCGCCGCGCUCACCCUCUUCGCGGUCAUCGGCAUCCCACAGGCUGUGCUGUUCAGCGUUCCAUGGGCCGUUGCUUCUGAGGUUGUCGCUAACGAGGACGGUGGCCAAGGCCUCGCCAUUGGUGUCCUCAACAUUGCAAUCGUCGUGCCACAGCUGGUAAUCGCACUCACUGCCGGCCCAAUCGACAAGGCCUUCGGGAAGGACAACACGCCGGCAUUCGGCAUCGGCGGCGCAUUUGCAUUCAUCUGCACGGUCCUCGCGCUCGUCUGGCUUCCUAAGACGAGAGGCACAUCCAACGCUGCUGUCAUGGCCGGCGGGCACUGAUCCCGCUCAACGUAUGCUCCUCAAGACCGCCGACAAAUUCAUGUCCUACUUUGUUGAUAUGUCAGGACUGAAGAUCGAGGAGGUCGUCGUGUUUCUAUUUUUUAUUAUCUUCCCCGCAGUUUCUUUUCUUUCAGUGUUUGAGGCUGCAGCGGUAGAGGACAAGAGAGGUGUUCCUGGUCGCCAUGUUUUAGCUCAUCAGGAAACCUCCAGUAAUAUGAACAUUGGUUCCCUCUGCUGCCAAGCCUGCGACGGCCAGCAGCUUAUGAUUCAAAUUCAUUUGCGUCUCUUGGAGACUAUCCUGCCCGAACGAGUUAAAUUUGUCCGCUUUUCUUGUUUUGUUGCUACCGAACAAAGGAGACUGUCAUUUUUCGUACAAGGAAAUAAUCAAUAAUCACUUUGCUCUC